CGUCCACGAAAGCAGCUCUGCCUAGUAAAUACCGACUGUCGAGAGAGCUUCCCACUUCCACGCCCCAACCAGCUCAGCUCCUCCACUAAACACACCAUCAUCUCUUCACGAUCGCCGCGCUCCUGGAAGUUGCCAGUUUUCCAGCCAUUACCCCGGAAGCCAUAAACACAUACGUCCCCCUCAAGCCGAUUUGACCUAGAGCUGUCGAGCUCGCAUCAUCAUGCCUGGAUUCGACUUCUCCAACCAUACCCGCAAUGCGGCCCUGCACGCACGAGGUGUGCCAUUGCCAAAGGCGACGAGUACGGGUACUACGAUUGUGGGAUGCAUAUUCGAAGGGGGUGUUGUCAUCGCUGCGGAUACCAGAGCAACAAGUGGACCAAUAGUGGCUGACAAGAACUGCGAGAAGCUUCAUUACAUCGCACCCCAAAUCUGGUGUGCUGGAGCGGGUACCGCAGCUGAUACCGAAUUUACUACAUCCCUCAUCUCCUCACAACUCGAGCUUCACUCCCUCUCGACCGGCCGCAAACCCCGGGUCGUUACCUGCAUGACAAUGCUCAAACAACAUCUGUUCAGAUAUCAAGGUCACAUCGGAGCGUAUCUUGUUGUGGCAGGCGUUGACCCGACUGGUGUUGGAUUGUUUACCGUUCACGCCCACGGUAGCACUGAUAAGCUUCCUUAUGUCACCAUGGGCAGUGGUUCGCUGGCAGCUAUGUCUGUAUUCGAGACGCAAUGGAAGGCGAAGAUGACGGAAGAGGAGGCCGUAACCCUGGCAUCCAACGCAAUCCAGGCUGGUAUCUUCAAUGAUUUGGGGUCCGGAUCAAAUGUGGAUGUUGCGAUCAUAACGAAGGAUAAGACGACGCUAAAGAGAGGCUUCGUCAAGCCGAACCAGCGAAGUAAGAAGCAGAAGAGCUAUGUUUUCAAGAGAGGCACCACAGCCGUUCUCAACGAGAAGAUCAUCACGAGGGAGGACAUAAGCAAGUAUGUAACGGUACACGAACUAGAGGGUGAGGCUGCAGCGGGAGAGAAGAUGGAUAUAGAUGCUUAG